CUAUUGUUCAAACUUUUCAGACAAGCAAGAAUACCAAUCUUUUGGAAUGAAGAACCAGCAUAUUGGCACCAUAUUGCUACCACAUGGUCGAGUAGUACAGGUCACUGGGAGAUAUAUCUGGAUGGUUCCUUGGUCUCUAUCAUGCAUGAUGUCGCUUCAAAUAUUACCAUUCCUGCAGGAGGACAAUUUUCCUUGCAAUUAAGUGGAUACAUGCACAAUAUCUCUCAAAGUAGACUGAAUAUUUGGAACUAUGAAAUUGAUGGACAUGCUUUAUCGUUAAUGGCAAACAAAGGACCAUUGUUUGAAAACGGUAAUAUCUUUGCGUGGUAUGGAAUAAAGUCAAGGGUUAAAGAAGAUUUUUACUUCAAAGAGACACCGGAUGACUUAAACAACUCUCGAGCAGAGUCGGUGUAUCAGAUGAGUUUUCCUGAAGCUUCGGUUAAAAACUAUGUCAAAAUAGAAAAGGUCGUUAACUACAAUUUAACGGAAGUUUCCUCCUGUUUUUGGGCGAAAUUUUUGAAAACCAAGUGUGCCAUAUUUGGCUACUCAAGUCUCAACUACAAUGUAGAAAUUCAAGCUUUUUUGUAUGAUUCCUUGGUGUUGGAGCUUGAAAUUAAGAACAUUUAUUCAGAUAACGGACCUAAGAUCUCUGCCUAUGACUCGUGGCAUUUUUAUUGCCUGCAGUGGAGAAGCUUUGAUGGUUUAAUAGAGGUUUAUCAAGAUGGGAAAAAGAGAGGAACAAAAUACAGAGCAAAAAAUCAUACCAUACAUUCCAACGGUGUCGUUGUACUUGGUCAGGAAUUGGAUUCCUAUGGCGGGGGUUUUCAAAGUCAUCAAGCGUUCAAAGGGAGCCUUGCAGGGUUGAAUCUCUGGAGUCAAUUCUUGACCACCAAUGUUAUUCAGGGAAUGGCGUCUGGUGUUUUGAAUAUUAACGGAAAUCUUCUUCAAUGGAGGGAUUUCAGAGAUCAUGUUUUUGGUAACAUAGUUAUACAGAAUGAAACUGAGGCAGGACUUCCAGAGCAUCGAGUACAGAAUCUCCGAGAUGAAUGGUGUGAAAGAAACAUCUCUAAAGCGUUUACUUAUGCAAGAUUUAUCCGUGGCCGGGACACGGAUGGCUACAGGUGGAGAUGUGUCGAGGCAGCGGCCAUGUUGGAUGAGAAUAUGUGUUACGAUAUCACUAAGAAUUCAUCCUUGUACCAUACCAAGGACACGAAGAAAGAACUUUUGGGAAUUAAUUGAAAAACAUUUCACUCCUAUCACCGUAGUGCACAAAAUAGACAACAUUAAGGCUAAAUAUAUUGCACUGAUAAACAUGUAACUCACAAUAACACUGUAACCUUUAUAUUAUAAUACAUAGUAACGGUUUCUAGUUGCAAUGUUAAUGCACAUUGCUACUGGAACAAUAUAGCUUAAUUAUAAACCACUUGUCAAAGUUUGGUGUUCGUAGCAUUUCAUUGGUCGAGAGCGAAUCACGUGAGAGUGACGAAAUUUUGAUGUCGCCAGUGCGACCCCCUGCAGAGUCAGAUAACGUGUUAUCAGAUAACGUGU